AUGCCAGGAAAACAGCUGUCAUCGACAGAGAGCUCUCUUGGUGUAGACAUUGCAUGCUUGCAGGAGACGAAGCUUGCAGACAGUGGCACCCUCAGAGAAGAGAGCUACACAUUCUUCUGGAAAGGUAAACCCCCUGAAGAACCCCGCCAGCAUGGUGUCGGCUUUGCCGUAAGGAACACGCUGAUGACCUCCAUCGACCCCCCUUCAGCAGGCACAGAGAGAAUUCUGACCCUCCGCCUGUCUACGUCCUCUGGCUCAGCCACCAUCAUCAGUGUGUACGCGCCCACGCUGUACUCUACCCCUGAGGAUAAGGACCAGUUCUAUGGUGCCCUGGAUGAUGUCAUACCCCGAACCCCCAGCACUGACGUGCUUUACCUCCUUGGCGACUUCAACGCCCGAGUGGGAGCUGACCACGAGGCUUGGCCCUCCUGUCUCGGUGCCUACGGACGCAGGAAGAUGAACAACAAUGGCCAGCAUCUGCUAGAGCUGUGCUGCUACCCCGGCCUGUGCGUCACCAACACCCUCUUCCCGUGCAAAGAUAUCCAUCAGGUCUCUUGGAGAUAUCCUCGUUCACGCCACUGGCACCAGCUCGACUUGGUCCUGACCAGACGCACCUACCACAGUGUUGACUGCGACACUGACCAUUCCCUCGUCGCCAGUAAGGUGCGCAUUGCCCCUAGGAAAAUACAGAGCGGCCGGCCACGUGUUAACAACACCUGCAAUGCCAGAAACCCCCUUAAGACGCAAAUCUUCCUGAACCUUCUCAACGUGACUCUAGCAAGGGAGACGUCUGAAGACGAUACCACAGACCUCAUUUGGUCCCACCUGCGGGACUUAAUCUACAGUGCAGCCAUCUCCGCUUGCGGGAAGAAGGAACAGAAGAACGCUGACUGGUUUGAGGCUCACUGGGACAAGAAGGAGUCUGUGGUUGAGGCAAAGAGGAAGGCCCUUCUGGCCUACAAGAACGCUCUUAACACCACUACGCUUACCGCACUCAGAAUUGCCAGGAAAACAUCCCAGCAGACAACUCGUCUCUGCGCCAACACCAACUGGUUGAAUCUCUGCAGUAGAAUACAGCUUGCUGCAGACAUAGGAGAUGCAAAAGGGAUCUACGAGGGCAUCAAGAAGGCGACAGGUCUAGCCGAGGACACACGCCCAAAUGGGCGCCCCCGCCUCCGCUUCAAAGACGUCUGCAAACGAGACAUGAAGCAGUGCAACAUCGAUGUCUCCUCCUGGGAGAGCCUUGCUGAGGACUGGCCUUCCUGGCGCUCAACUGUGAUAUCUGGCGUGAGGGAGGGCGAGGACGCGAGAAAUGCAGCUCUGGCCGAGAAGAAAAGAAGUCGGAAGCAGAGAGAACGCCAGCCACAACAACAGUCAACGUUUGUCUGUGACGAAUGCCUGAAGGAUUGCCAUUCGCGGGUGGGACUAUUCAGCCACUCACGCCGUUGCCGCUGA